AGCGGCGAGUAGCAACGUCUAUUUCCAAACGGGUCAGUAAUUCCGUCAAAAUACACGUAAAGCAGCAGGCUGCAUUUUGUAGUCGUCUUCCUCAGACAAUUCGUACAAGUGUCAGUGAUAGAUGGAGCGAUAUCAACGAUUCACUUGUUUAGCCGUUGGAAUUUGAGGAAUUUUCGAACAACCAGCAGGGUUUUCAAAAAUCGACCGUUGUUCCUAUUUUUUUUUUACCUUCUUUUCCCCCCAAAAUCGAGCCCUAAUUUCGUCUAUAAAUACCCUCUUUUCCGUUCAUCGAAGGGGGUCGUUCUUCACUGAUAGUUUAUAGAGAAAAAAACAAAGAUUUUAUAAGGUUGCAGAUAGUGAGUUAAUGUUUGAACAUAAAGCAUUCUCGCAUUCUCGAAUACUUUUAGUUCUGCUUCAACUUUCACGGUAUCUCGUUGUGGUCGUAAAGAACUGUUUCUCUGCUCGUUGUUCUCCGUUAGCUGCCCGGAAAGAGAGAGAAGCUUACAUUUGAGUACCUAACAAAAGACACGAUACUUGAAAUAAAGAUGGUGGCAGAUUGGGGGCCAGUGGUGGUUGCAGUGGCGAUGUUCAUCUUACUGUCACCAGGAUUGCUAUUUCAGCUACCAGCAAGGACUCGGGUGAUUGAGUUCGGGAACAUGUACACAAGUGGGAUUUCCAUCCUAGUUCAUGCCAUCUUAUUCUUCUGUAUAUAUACAAUCUUGAUAGUUGCUAUUGGUGUUCACAUACGAUCUGGUUGACACCACUAGCAAUAAAGGCAGCAUUUGAGUUUUCUUCAUGACCAAAUUUUCAUCUCUUCUUGGAAUGCUUUUGCAGAAGAGGAAAUUCUUGUUUUCUCUUAUGUUUCUUUUCUUUUGAGCUAGUUGGAUCUACUGAAACACUCUGACAAAGUGUUGUGCCUUGUAUAUCAAAUUCAUCAAAUGAAAGGAACAAGUUUUUGGACCACUUCA